AUGUCUACCAAAGCUGAAUCUGAUACAAAAAAGAUUGAUUAUUCUAUCGCAAACCCAGAUGUAGUCGACAAAUACAAGUCUGCUGGGUCCAUUUCGACUGCUGUGUUGGCUGAGGUCAGAAAAGCAGUCAAAGAGGGAGCAAAAGUUUUUGACUUAUGUGAACUUGGUGACAAAUUGAUGGAAGAGCAGCUUCUGAAGGUAUAUUCCAAAAAAAACAAGACUGUGAAGGGAAUUGCUUUCCCAACUUGUGUCAAUCCAAACAACAUCCCAGCCCACUUGUCUCCAGAAUCUCCUGAGGACGAGGCUAAUUUGACUCUUAAAGAUGGUGAUGUUGUAAAUAUCAUGCUUGGUGUUCAAAUUGACGGUUUUCCUGCGGUUGUUGCUGACACAACAAUUGUGGGCGAAAGUGCUGAGAAUCCAGUUCUUGGUAAGAAAGCUGAUUUGCUUCAUGCUGCAUGGAAUGCAUCCGAAGCUGCCAUUAGAACGUUCAAACCUGGGAACAGAAACUUUGACGUGACGAACAUUGUGGACAAGGUUGCUAAAGAUUUUGGUGUUACUGCUGUCCAAAGUAUGUUGACUCACAACCAAGAACGUGACGUUUUGUAUGGUCCAAAAGAAGUGAUUUUGAACCCUGCAAAAGAGCACAAAAACAGAAUGGAGGUUCACAGAUUUGAAGAAUUGGAAGUUUACGGCUUGGAUAUAUUGAUCUCUACAUCUGAAGAAGGAAAGGUGAAAAAAUCCAAUUAUAAAACGACCUUGUACAAAUUGACAGGGAACAACUACUCACUCAAGUUGAAUACGUCUCGUCAAGCAUUGAAGGCUUUCAAGCAAAAGGUCUCUGGAAAGUUCCCAUGCAACGUAAAGGUCUUUGAGAACCCCAGAAAUGUUCGUGUGGGUAUGAUUGAGUGCAGUAAUCACGAAGUGGUCUUACCGUACGACAUUAUGGAAGGAGCUUCAGACUCUUAUAUUGCGCAAUUUUUCACUACCAUUGCCAUUACUAAGAAUGGUAUUGUAAAGUACACCAACCCAACGUUCAACCCUGAGCUCUACAAGACUGAAAAAGGUGUUGCUGACAAUGAGAUCGCCAAAUUAAUUGCUGAACCCUUGCCAGAAAGUAAGAAGAAAAAGAAGAAGUCAAACAAGAAGUCUUCUACCACUGAAAGGGCCCAAACCGAAUAA